CUCAUCACCCAACGUACCCAGGUAUCCCUGUUGAUCCUACGGGAGCUGACCGAGAGGGCCAAGGACUUCAGCCUUAUCCUGGAUGAUGUAGCCGUCACCGAGCUAGGUUUUAGCCGAGAGUACACAGCUGUUGUAGAAGCCAAACACGUGGCCCAGCAGGAGGCCCAGUUCUCACCUCCCAGGUUUAUGGACCGAACACAGAAAGACAUUCGGGCCAGACCCAGGAAAAUCUCCUCCCCUACAGGCUCCAAAGACCUGCAGAUGGUGAACAUCUCUCUGCGAGUGCUGUCUGGACUCAGUGUCCAGGAGCUUCCCAGCAUGUACCCAGGGCUAGACUACCAGGAGCGAGUGUUGCUGUCCAUUGCCAAUGAAGUGCUCAAGAGUGUGGUGGCCAAGUUCAAUGCCUCACAGCUCAUCACCCAACUGGAUGAUGUAGCCGUCACCGAGCUAGGCUUUAGCCGAGAGUACACAGCUGUUGUAGAAGCCAAACACGUGGCCCAGCAGGAGGCCCAGUGGGCCCAGUUCUUUGUAGAAAAAGCAAAGCAAGAACAGCGGCAGAAGAUCGUGCAGGCCGAGGGAGAGGCUGAGGCCGCCAAAAUGCUUGGAGAAGCACUGAGCAAGAACGCUGGCUACAUCGAUCUUAAGAUCCAGGCAGCCCAGAACAUCUCCAAGACGAUCGCCACAUCACAGAAUCACACCUAUCUCACUGCUGACAAGGUCGUGCUGAACCUACAGGAUGAAAGUGGUUUCACCUGGGGAGGUGACAGCCUCAGCAAGGGUAAGAAAUGA